AUGGGUCCUCUGACAGCCCAAGCCCAGCGCUCGCGGUUUCUGUUGCUCGCGCCCGAGCGCUUCCUUCCUGCCCUUUCUCGUUCUCUAGACCCUCGGGCCGCUGUUCAAUCGCUCCCUCACUCGCUAUCUCGGCCGUCGGACUCCGCCGCCGCCCCGCCGCUCCAGCUCCGUCUGUCACAGGAGCUGCCCCAGCGCCCUGACGUCACCGCGCCGCCGCCGCCCCAGACCCGCCAGGAAGAGGGAGGGGAGCGGAGGAGGGGCUGCGGCGCAUGCGCGGGCGCGGCUGGGCCCCUGAGUCGCCGUCUUCGUCCUGGCGAGCGGGCGAUCGCGGCCAGUGCUACUUGGCGGUACGGAGUGGCCGGUGGGCGAGCGUGCGCACGAGGCCCUGCUUUUCACGUCCCUCGUGCCGCUAUAACCUUGGAAGAGCCCCUUUUUUCCUCGACUCUGUUGUGUCCCCUCACGAACUCUGGUCCCACUCACCUAACCGCCCCGCUUUUGCCCCACUGCAUGCUGCGCUCUCUCCGCUUCCCCGGCGGACAGCGGGGACCAGUCGGCGCCCCUGCAUCCCGGCCCCGGAUUGUGGGUGAUCAUCUCCUGGAAGCAAGAAGUCAUGGAGGAGAACUCUUCUGCAGGAUAGGAGGAGAAAAAGGUGGAGGAAUCCCUCACUUCAAAUGAGAUUAGAUUAAAACGUGGGAAACAUUUUUGAAUGAUAUUAAAAUGUGGGAAACAGUGCAUAAUUUUGUAGAAAAAGAGAAUCUGUUUAAAAACAAUGGAAUGUCAUAUUUCUGUGAAAUCCUCAAAAGGAGGCAGAAGCAAGUGUCAUUGGAUACAUUCUUUAUUAAAGUUGCAUAAAAAGAAACCAUUCCAUUAA